GCGGCUGUUACGGAUCUAGCUUGGAGCUCAGGUCAGGUAGUUACGUUCCAUGUCGGGGGAUCAGGAUCACAGGGAGCUCUACAAUUUCUUUUUCCAAGAUGAAUUCUCGCCGCUCUUCCCCCAGAAGCCGGCGGCCGGAAGUGCAGGUGCAGAUGCCUACGGCCACCAUUCCCCGGCGGCGCCACCGACGACGACGUUCUUGAGCAUCACCGACUUGUUACGGAGCUCGAUGGUCGACUACGCGGCGGUGGAUAAGGCUUUUGGAUUAUCGUCGUCGUCCUCUUCGCAAGUGCCGGUGGCGGCGGCGACGGUCGGUUCUGAGCUGAUGCUGGAUGUUAAUAGUUUGAGUACUGGAAAUCCUCCGGUCACGCCUAACUCUUCGAAUUGUUCGUCGUCUACUGAGGCCGCCGGGGACGAGGACGCGCUCCGGCGGUGCAAGGAGGAGCAGCUGAAGCAGGAAGAGGAGGUGCAACGGCCUGAGGAGGCUGUGGCUGAUCAUAAAGUGGGCGAUAUGUCUAAGGAAGAGAAUGAUAAACCGAAGAAGAAGGGAGAGAAGCGAGCAAGAGAACCUCGCGUUGCUUUCGUCACUAAAAGCGAAAUCGAUCAUCUUGAAGACGGCUAUCGAUGGAGGAAGUAUGGUCAGAAAGCUGUCAAGAACAGCCCUUAUCCAAGGAGCUACUACCGUUGCACGUCGCAGAAAUGCCCGGUAAAGAAGAGGGUGGAGAGAUGCUACCAAAAUCCAAUGAUUGUGAUAACCACCUACGAGGGAAAGCAUACUCAUCACUGCCCCAUAACCCUAAGGGGGAGCACACACCUGUUCCCGCCGCCGCCGGCCAUGUCUGCGAGCUUCUGCCACAAUCUCAUGAUGCAGCAAGCUGUGCAACGACUGAACAGCAGCGCCGGCGAUAACAAAUUCGGACAGCGAGGGAACUUCAUUGACCCUAAUGUGUUUCUGCAGAACCUGCCGCCAUCUCUCCAGCAGCUGCAGUUUCAGGACUAUGGUCUCUUGCAAGACGUGGUUUCUUCCAUGGUGAAUGAGAGGCAAUUACCAUGAUUAUAUAUAUUUAUAUGAUUAUAUAUAAGUAAUGUCAAUGUACGUUCACGAUUGACUAAGUGUAUUUCACUUGAGACAAUAUUUUCAAGCAAUCUAGCUAAUCCUGAGCUUUAUAUGAAGGAGAAUGUUGUACAAUUAACGAUGUGAGUGAACACGUAUGGUAGUACUAAGGCUAUUGGCAAAAUUCACUA